AUGGACGUUCCUGGGCCUACAAACCGUUGGGAAGAAUCAAGACGCAAAGCUCGAUCGUUAGAAAGCACUAUCGACCUCAAGCUGGUAUCAUUUAGUAGGCUAGGUACCAAUACCAAUUAUAACAUUCGAGGAACAAAAAAUGAAAGUGCUCAAAGUUCAACACCUUUGCUCGGCGAUGAUAGUAAACACAUGGUAGAUACAAUGGCAUUGGAGAUUGAACAACUCUUAUCCAAGUUACAAGAUGUAAAUGAUAAUAUGUCGGAUUAUGUCAAUGCCAUGGGUCAUGCUUCUCCUAAUACUACACUUGUUCAUACACUUCAACGUCAUCGUGAUAUCUUACAAGAUUAUAGACAAGAAUUUAGAAAAACUAGAGACAAUAUUAAUACGUGUAGAGAAAGGGAGGAAUUGCUCGGUGAUGUUAUGAAUGAUAUACAUCGAUACAAGAGUGCAGCUACAAAUAGAAAAACUGAUUUAUAUUUAAAAGAAAAUGAGCAUAUCAGAAGUUCUGAAAGAUUAACUGAUGAAGCCAUUAAUAUGGCCAUGGCUACGAAGGAGAAUCUUCAUUCCCAGCGGAAGAUGCUAGGCGGUAUAACCAAUAGGCUGUCCAACGUUGCUAAUCGCUUUCCAUUAGUCAACAGUUUAAUACAACGCGUAAACGUUCGCAAAAGGAGGGACAGUAUCAUUUUAGGAUGUGUAAUCUCAACCUGUAUCAUACUUUUACUUCUCUAUGCUUUUCGCUCACGUUAA